GAAAGCAGCUGCAGUUUUCAUGAAUUUCAGGAGAGUUUAUUUUAGUUGGCCCCGAGGGUUCUCUUCCUCUCCUUCCACAAUCUUAUCGUCUGUUUCAUGGAUUUCUCCUCUUAUGUUAUCAAAAUUCAGUGCUCACCAACCAGAUCCUCCUCCUGAAAACAGGAACGAAACUAGGAGGAAAUCCAAAUACAUUUCUCAUGAUGCUGCCAUCAACUUAAUAAAACGUGAGAGAGAUCCACAACAUGCGUUGAAAUUUUUUAACAUGGUUUCGGAGCAGAAGGGUUUCGACCACAACAAUGCCACAUAUGCAACUGUCCUCAAUAAGCUUGCUAAGUCCAAGAAGUUCAAUGCUGUUGAUGCAGUUCUCUAUGAAAUGAAGUACGAUACCUGCAAAUUUUAUGAGGGUAUAUUCCUUAAUCUUAUGAAGCACUUUUCCAAAUUUUCUAUGCAUGAGAGAGUUCUUGAAAUGUUCCAUGUCAUCCAGCCAAUAGUUCGGGAAAAGCCGUCUCUCAAAUGCAUUAGUACUUGUCUUAAUCUACUUAUCGAAGCGAAUCAGGUUGAUUUGGCCCAAAAGUUUCUCAUGCAUUUGAAGAAGAGUCUUAACUUGAAGCUGAAUACAUGCAUAGUCAACAUCUUGGUUAAGCACCAUUGCAAAAAUGGGGAUCUUGAAUCUGCCUUUGAGGUUUUGAAGGAAUUGAAAAAAUCAAAGCUUUCGGAUCCUAAUUUGAUUACUUACUCAACUCUAAUUGAUGGUCUAUAUCACAGUGGAAGACUGACAGAAGCAAUGGUCUUUGAGGAAAUGAUCUCAAACGAGCAGAUAAUGCCUGAUGGCCUAACAUACAAUUUGAUGAAGGGUUUUUGCCGUGCUGGGAAAGUUGAUAGGGCGAGAAAGGUUUUAGAUUUUAUGAAGAGCAAUGGAUGCAACCCAAAUGUAGUAAAUUAUUCAACCCUGAUGAAUGGUUUCUGUGAGGAGGAAAGGUUAAAAGAAGCCCAGAAACUUUUGGAUGAAAAUCAUGAAAUGACGAGCUUCGGUAUAGCACCAGAUACAUUUGUCUACACUACUUUAAUUGAUUGCUACUGUAGGACUGAGAGAGUUGAUGUAGCGAUAAAGAUGCUCAAAGAGAUGAGAGGAAGACGGUGCAAAGCGGACACUGUGACUUUCAAUGUGAUACUUGGAGGAUUAUGUAGAGAAGGUAGAAUUGAAGAUGCUCUUAAGAUGCUGGACAAACUUCCUUAUGAGGGUAUCUAUCUGGACAAGGGAAGCUACAGAAUCGUGUUGAAUUCCUUGUAUCAGAAAGGUGAAUUAAACAAAGGUAUAGAGUGGUUGAAAUUGAUGAUGGGCAGGGGGUUUGUUCCACAUUAUGCAACUUCAAAUGAGUUGCUGGUUAGCCUUUGUGAGGCCGGAAUGACAGAGGAUGCAAUUAUGGCGUUGUUUCAAUUGGUGGAGAUGGGAUUCAAACCACUGCCCGAAUCCUGGUCCCUUUUUGUUGAAUCAAUUUGCAGAGAAAGAAAGCUGCUGCCUGCAUUUGAACUUCUCAGAUGA